UCGAAACUUUCAGCCUGCACGAACGGGCACGAUUUAUUCGGAUUUGGCAUAAGACUGGGUAUCGAACACACGUCUGUGUGUGUGUGUGUGUGUGCGCGCGUGUGCGCGCGCGUGUGUGUUUUUACGGAAGAGAUCUAUCAGCGUGAAGCGAUGGCGUGUAUGUGUGUGUGUUGUAAUCGCGUGAGCAUUUCUUCACAUCUGAAGUCUACAGAUAUAUACAAAGCACCGCUUGUAUGCAGUGUGUGUGAAUGUGUGUGUGUGCGCUUUACUGGAUGAAGGGAUUCAAGGCAUCAGUCCUGCGCAAACCUCAUGGCGGCCGUAUUCGUCACAUUGCUCCUCUUUCUACCCCUUCCUCUGUCCGUUUCUUCACGUCCGUUUCCAGGGACACGUGCGACCAUCAGAGCGGACGAGAAUGCCAUCCAACAAAAUGGAGGCAGAAUUAGAAUCGACCAGUUCAGCAACAAUGUCGUCCAAAGAGAUGUGAACCAGAACACAGUUAACAUUAGUCAAAACAAAAAAAAUAAACAUGACCGUGAUAUCUGUUCAAGCGAAAAUUGCCAAAAAAAGAGUAGAACAGAGCAAAACACAAGCGAAACCAGUCAAAACGUCGGAAACUUUACACGUCAUCUACCAGAUAUCGUUAUCAUUGGUGUGAGGAAGGGUGGAACGAGAGCAUUGCUGGAGAUGCUGAGCCUUCACGACUCUGUCGCUGCAGCUCAAAGCGAGGUGCACUUCUUCGACUCGGAUGCUCGUUACCAGCGAGGAUUCGAGUGGUACACGUCGCAGAUGCCACUGGCUCGACCCGAUCAGCUGACUGUCGAAAAGACUCCGGCGUAUUUCACCUCCGUUGAUGCUCCGGACCGAAUCUUUCUCAUGAACCCUUCAGUCCGGCUCUUGCUGAUCGUUCGAGAUCCUGUGGAUCGAGUUCUGUCAGAUUACACGCAAGUCUUUCACAACCAGCUUCAAAAACACAAAAUUCCUCAACCUAUCGAGGACCUCCUGCUCAGAGACGGCGAGCUUAACCUCGGCUAUAAAGCCGUGAACAGAAGCGUGUAUCACCCGCACAUGCAGCGAUGGCUACGGGUUUUCCCACGUGACCACUUGCACAUAGUAGACGGUGACACGUUAAUCAGAGACCCAUUAACUGAAAUGAAAAAAGUCGAACAUUUCUUGCACCUCGAGCCACAAAUCUCAGAGGAAAACUUUUACUUCAAUCGGACAAAAGGCUUUUACUGUUUAAAGGAACAAGGCCACGAACGCUGCCUACACGAAUCGAAGGGACGGACACAUCCAAACGUGGCCCCCGAAAUCCUGCAGAAAUUAUGCAAAUACUUUCAGGAACCAAACAGGAAGUUCUUUGAGCUGGUAGGAAGAACAUUUGAUUGGAAGUGAGAACAUGCGUAUAAUCGUGUGUUUUAGGAUUGUGUAAAGCUCAUGCGAACAGAUGAGGUUGGGAAAAAGUUAAUUUUUCUGCAAAUGUAAACAGUUCUUUAAACUUAUCGGAAGAAUGUUUGUGAAAUACUGUGAACACUUGCCAUGUUUAUUACAAAGCAGGCUGUGAGAAUAGUGUUUGGGGAGAAAGUCUGACUGAGUGAGAAAGCAGCUGAAAUCCUGUCAAAUCCAUGCUAGUAUUUGAUGACUUAUCAAACAAAAAUGGUUUGAUGUCACAACAACAGAUGACUGACUCGUUGUGUUCUUCUACCGGUUACUGAAGGAUGUAGGAUGUAGACGUAGAAGAAGCGACUCAUAAGCAAAUAAAAAUUGCACAAAUAUUAUGAUGUAUUGUGUAAAUCUGUUGAAACAAAAGGGAAGUUUUGCCAGAGAUGAAGAACAUUUAUUUAUUUAACCUGGGCUUGAUAGUUGUAGUACAACAGUAUUCAUUACAGAAGAAAAUGGCAUUCACACACACACACAUACACACACAUCUCGCUAAAUGAUCAACAGGUGGUUAUUUAAAUCUGAAAGGAAAUAAAUUCAACUGAAAGUAGGCCAUGAACACAGAAUGAAAAAAAAACUGUGCGCACCACCACCCCAACCACACACACAUACAUGCACACACAAAGAGCGCUAAAUAGGGCUGAAAUUAACACCUUGUAUUUUAGUGUUUUUUUUUAAAACCAUGCUGGAAAAUAACACCUUGUUUUCUUUUCUAUUUUUUCUUUUGUUUUGUUUUACGAUUAAAUGUGCCGUUCCAUUUAGCGGUAUAACUGUGCAUUUGCACUAGAUCAAAAUUACAGCAGUUAUGAAAACGAUGCCACACAAAAAUGUGUAUGUUUAACAAUGUCGUUGUUGCUUUUGGUUCAUUUUAUUUACAUCUCACAACACUGUAUUUUAGUGUAUUGUUUAAAAAAACAUGGGAAGCCAACUACAGUACAAUAAUAAUUAAUAAUAAAACUAAUAAUUGCUAAA